UCAUAGGGCACCACCCAGCUUCAGUGGGGCAUCACCCAGCAGGCGUGGGUCAUCACCACCAUUAUUAUCACACCGCCAGCCCCCACAGCCAAUCUUUCAGCCAAGCUCCCUCUCAAUACGGUAACACUCAGUACAGUCCCGGUGACGGAUACAGUCACGACGAGCGCGACAUGCUGCGUCGGGUUGAAUCGGUGCGGCAGCAGCAGCAAGAGCGGGACAGUCAGCCACCACCGCUCUUCACCGCUGUGGCUGCCGCUGCUGCGUCAGGCGAACCCUUCCUCCUCGACUUCCCUCUCAAAAGGGCUUCUUUUGCUGCUGCUGCUGCCGCUACAACUGCUGCUACAACUGCUGCUACGGCUACUGCUACAGCUGCUGCUGCUACAGCCGGAGCAACUAGGCGGCAGCCCAGGAGAAGGCGAACAGUGAUCAUUGGGCCAGUUUCCCUGCAACGCGCCGCUACAGCCGCAGGAUACCAGCCGUCCAAGUCCCGCCCACAAGGCUCCUGCUCCUCGCUCAAGAAAGUCUACAUAAUCAACGUGACCUCUGCUGCUGAUUUCGCCGCCCGUGCCUCCCUCCCGCCCACCACCACUGUUAUUCUGUAUUUACGGAACGAUCUGACGCUGCCUAGAGGGUUGUUUUUCCGUCGGCAGCAGUCGUGCACGAUCCUCAUGUCGGCGAAAUGGCCCGGUUACACGCUCACGGGUGGUAACCCUAUGUACCCGGUGCUGCGCGUGUGGAACACAAACAACUUCCUGUCGCUGAACGUGAAUUAUAAGCUGCCGGUGACAGAAAGAAGCCCCGAGUGCACCACUGUGCCGGAGCUGGGGAAGGGAGUCACGUGCCCCGCGAUCUCUAUCCAUCGGGCCUAUGGCGUGCAGAUUGGCAAGGGCAACAUCUUUGGGCGAGUGGACGUUCUAAGGAGCAUGGGUGUGCGCCUGGACUCACUCAAGGUCACCGGAGUGGCUUCCUUUGACAAGUCGCCUGGGGUGAUCCGAGUGGCCCUGUGUGGGUACGGGCCUUCGCUGCUGCAAGCCAACAUUGUCAUCUCCAACAACGAGGUGUAUGGUGUCAACACCCCAAUCGUCUUGCACAGGGGAGCAGUCGGUGUUACCAUUACCAACAACUACAUCCACGAUUAUAUAUUUGCGGGGAUUCGCUGCGGCGCGGACGUGCAUUACAGCGGAGACUGCAUGCUGACUCGCAUCAACUCCAACCUCGUGAUCUCCUCUGGGAGGAAUUUGAACGGGGACUAUGACUCGGCAGGGAUCUACUAUUGCACGCACUGGUUCAACCCUGGGAACUCCGCCCUCUGCAACUACGUGUUUAACGGCGACCACUGCUACUAUCUGGAUUACUGCACGUCGGGCGUGCUUGUGCGGGGCGGCGCGUGUGUGAAUACAUAUGACGGCAUGAAAGUGAAUAACGGCAAGAGGAACGUGAUAAAGCACGUGGCGAUGAAGGGCACACAAGGGUCGCUGGGAUGGACGUCGUGCCUCACAGUGACUGUCAACAACUGCUUGAAGGACCCCGGGGACUACUGGGAGAGGAUGCGCGUCAAGUACUACAACAGCGACCGCAUCAACCGGCUAUGGCCUUGGAUGAAGAACGUGUGCAAGGAGACAUCGGCCAAUGGUGGCGUGCCAUGUAACCCGCCAGCUGUCGCGUUUUUCUGCCUGUGCUAUUGUCGGCUCGCGUCUCCGUCCGGCGCUGCUAUUGAUGGACACUUGACACGUGGCAACCGCAACAGCUUUUUCCCAGCCCCUCGGCCGCAUGGACGCUGGUUAUCUGACACGUGGCAAGCGUCGGAAUUGAAAGAGUCGAGAAGUAGUAGGGAAGCCGACACGGAAAACAGAGGCGCACAGAGUAAAUACGGUUCGCAGUAUGAAGAAUUAUGGAGCCUCGAGUCGCGCUUAGACUACGAGACCGCGCCGCCAUGGAAUCAGGAUGAUUAUGCGGAGCCUAUGUCGCAAGGGGAGGGGGAAGAGGAAGGGGAGGGGGAGGGGAAAGGGGACGGCAUAGCGGCCGGCAAGGGAAAGAAAGCGGAAGUAGCCGGAGAGUUUAAUUUAGAGUCCUUGGAGGGGUUGGGUGAACGACACGGGGACAGUGAGGGCAGUGGGGGCAGUCGUGGGGAAGGGCAACGGGGAGGCGGAGGGGGAGCAGGAGGGGGAGGGAGAGGGGAAGGCGGCGGAGAAGGAAGGGGAAGGGGAAAGGGAGGCGGGAGGCGGAGAGGGGAGCAGCGGCGGUACAAGGGGGACCUUGCGGGCGGGCUGUUGGUGCGGUGGCAUGGCGGCACAGGCGCGAGUGACCAACCCAGUGACUCGACCUCAGGUGGUGACUCGUGGCAAGGUGGUGGUGAUUCAAGCAACGGUGGUGCUGGUGAUGGCGAUGCUGUUGCCACUGCUGCUGCUGUAGGUGCUGGUGCUACUGGCGGUGGUGCUGCUAGCGGUGAUGUUACUAGCGGUGGUGCUAGUAACAGUGGUGGCAACGGGGAUAGGCAAGACAGGGACUGGUUUAUGAGAGAGUGGGGGCGCAGCGGUAUGGUGCAAGAUGGUGCUGCGAACGAUGGGGGUGAUGAUGAUGCUGAUGGUGCUGAUGGUGCUGAUGGUGAUGAUGGUGAUGAUGGUGAUGAUGGUGAAGGGCGGGUUGCUGUUGCUACUGCUGUGGAUGUUAGUUCGAGUAACGGUGGUGAUAGCACCAUCAGUCGUAGCAGGGGUGGUGGUGGUAGCAGCAGCAGGGGGGGGGACGACAGGGACUGUAGAGAAGACAGGGACUGGUUCACGAGGGAGUGGGGUCACAGCGGCAUGGUGCAGGAUGGUUCUGCGACCAAUGGGGGUGAUGGUGAUGAUUCGGAUGCUGAUGAUGAGGAAAACGGUGUAAGCAGCCACGCUUUUAGUGAUGAAGGCAGGAAGGAUAAUCCCAUGGCUACAGUAGCAUCCGCGUUUGAAGCAGCUUCUGCUGGUGCUGAUGUUUCUUACUAUGAUGCGGAUUAUGGAGUCAGCAGUCAAGGAUUAAGGGAUGAAGGCAGGGAGGAAGACCCUAUGGCUACAGUAGCAUCCGCGUUUGAAGCCGCUUCUGGUGGUGCUGAUGAUACUGCUGCUGCUGAUUAUGAUGAUAAUUAUGAUUAUGGAGUCAGCGGUCAAGGCUUAAGCGAUGAAAACAGGGAGGAGGAUAACCCCAUGGCUACAGUAGCAUCCGCGUUUGAAGCAGCUUCAGGUUUCGACUAUAGGAGUGACAGCAGCAGCGGUGAUAGUAACGAGAGUGAUAUCAUCAGCGGUGAUAGAAGCGAAGGUGCUAGAAUGGUAGCUAUGGCAGCACGAGACGUUGCCGAGGCUCGCACCGAGCCUAGCCUAGGUGCGGGUCCGAACCUGGUGUGGCCUCUGGACGACAGAGGUAACCAGGUCAGCAGGUACGGUAGAAAUGACGAUGGUUCUGGUGACUCUGCGCUUGAUGCUGCUCCUGGUGAAUCUGAUGCGGGGAGUGCUGCUGCUAAUGCGGACGGCAUGGGGUGGAGCAAUGAGUACGGAUUAGAGAAAAGCGAAAAGAGUGAAAAGAGUGAAAGGAGUGCAAGGAGUGAAAGGAGUGAAGGGAGUGAAAAGGGUUCUGGACUAUUCACACCCAUGUUUGGCCCGAAGUUUACAGAUGCAGAAUUGACAGCACUGGCUGCAAGGGAUGCGGCAGGGGCUAUUGGGCACCCGGGGUUGACCCCUCAACCCCGGUCAACUGACUCAACCAAGUCAACCGAGUCAACUGAGUCAAUCAAGUCAACCGAGUCAACGGAUGAAGAGCUAGUAGCAAUGGCUGCAAGAGAUGUGGCAGGGGCUAUUGGGCACCCGGGGUUGACCGCUCAACCACGGUCAACCGAGUCAACAGAGUCAACAAAGGGGAGCUCUGGCUUGGGGCCUUUCACUUGGCCUUUGGAUGUUUCCGGCACUGUUGACUCUGCGGGUGCUGGUGAUGCUUAUAACGAGGAUGGUUAUGGUGGAGUGCUUGAUGCUGCUGCUGUUGAUGGAGCUGACACUACGGAGAGGAGCGGAAGUGACAAUAAGGAGGAUGUGGUUAAAGAGGAGAGUGACAAUAACGGGGAUGUGACUGAAUGGGGUCGUGAUUAUAUGGCUCUUGCUGCUAAGGACGUCUCGUUUGCGCUCAUUCCACGUGGAAGCAGCCCAUUGGACGAGAAGAGAGGGGGGAAAGGGGGCAAGGAACAGUGGAACAAGGAGGGGGCAGCAGAGGGAGGUGUAGGUGGAGCAGAGGAAGGGAGUGUGAAGGAAGCAAAGGGAGGGAGUGUGAAGAGGGAAAGGGUAGAGAAGAUGAAGGGAGCAGAGGGAUGGAGGGUAGAGGGGGCAGCAGCAGGGAGGGUUGAGGGAGCAGCAGCAGCAGCAGGGGGAGGGUUCAAGCGCCAUCCUAACACACCCAUGCAACCACAACGCAGCAGCAGCAGCAGCAAACAAAGCAGCGGUCAAGGCAGCAGAGGCGCUACGAAACAACGCUUGCCGGCCAAGCUCAAAGGCCCCGUCCCGUUCCCAUUCACCAUCCUGCCGCCCACAACCAACCCCAUGGCCGGCAUUCUCACGUGGCCCGUCACUUCAGUCCAAAACAGCAACAGUGCCGGCGACACCUCACCACCCCCCUCCUCCUCCCAGAAUCCCUCCCCUUCUCGCCAGCCCGCUGUCAAACGGCCGAAAGGCGGCUGCACGAGCCUUAGAGCAGUCUACGUCCUAAACAUCACCACUCCCGCCGAUUUCAACCUCCGGUUACAGAUCCCUCCCAACGUAACCGUCGUCAUGUACCUUCAAAACAACCUAGUUCUCUCCUCGGGAUUGGUUUUCGGCGUGGGGUUUUCCUGCUCGCUGCUCAUGUCGACAGUAGGGAUGUGGCCUGGGUAUACGAUAGAGUAUCCCGGGAGUGACAUGCCGGCUUUUAAGGUGGAGAAUGCGAGUAACAUCGUGUCAGUGAAUGUGAAUUGGAAGGUGGGGGUGGCACCGGGGUCGGCGGCGUGUGUGGGGUUUCAAGGGGCGGACAAGACGUCAGUAUGUCCGGCGAUCGCCAUUCACCGAUCGUACGGCGUGCAAGUGGGAGCGGGUACAGUGUACGGCCGAGUAGACGUUGUUCGGAGCAUGAACGUGAGGGUCGAUUCCCUCAAGAUCACAGCCCCAUCCCUCCCCUCCGUCGCCUCCCCCGCGCACAUCCGCGUCGCGCUCUCCGGCAUCGGCCCCUCCCUCCUCAAAUCGAACGUGCUUAUAACGAAUAACGAGGUGUACAACGCGCGGAUCGGCAUCGUUUUGCACCGGGGCGCGGUGGGGGUGGCGGUGGCGAGUAACUACGUGCACGGGUUCACAGGCGCGGGCAUCAUGUGUGGCGCCGGGCCGCGAUUCGUGGGCGACUGCAUGCUCGUGAAUGUCUCUAACAACGUGGUGCAGGCUCCCUGGGGCGCCAUGCCUGGUGCUGGGAAGGCCAUUGGGAUCGUGUUUUCCACUCACUGGAUCAACCCAGGCAACAUUGCGUCAUGCAACUACGUCGUCAACGGCGCGCUCUGCUAUGACCUGGACGCGCAGUCAUCGGGUGUUUUGGUGUGGGGGGGUGCAUGCAUGUACGCGAAGCAAGGCGUGAGGAUCAACAACGGGAAGAUGAACGUUGUGAAGCAUGUGAUAAUGAAUGAAGUGCCUGGAACCACAGGGUCAAUCGCCUGCCCUACAGUCUCCACCGUUAACUGUCUCAAGAAGCCAGGGUCCUAUUGGGAGGCGAUGCGGCUCAAAUACUACAACUCCGCUGCUAUAAAUACUGCUUACUCGUAUCUGCAGCAAAUCUGCACCCAGACCGAAGUGAACGGGGGAAUGAUUUGCAACCCUGAUUUCGGCCUUAACGCUACAACCUCCGGCAACUCAAAGUACCGCGGACUGUUCUGGCGCUUCCUGGACCAAUGGCCGUCAUUGACGCGUCCACAUCAGGACGCUGCUGACCUGAACUCGAACAACGCGGCAAUCCCAUCGCUAUCGUCUGCUUCUUCGUUCGCGGCGGGCAAUGAGACCUGGGAGUCGCAGCCGCAGAAGCAGGCGGAGUCGCAAGGGGAGUCGCAAGCGGAGGGAGCUGUCUUGAAGCGUCCCGCCGUCGCUGCCGGAGUGAGCGCUUCGAGAAAACGGCUGGCACACGAGGCGCGCGAGGAUAUUCAGAUGGGGCGCAGGCGAAUGGCUGACGCCUUUUUGGAUGGCCCCUGCUCCGACUACGCAGCAGCUACCGUGAUCAACAUAUCCACGGUAGCUGAUUUCAGCAAGCGAUUACAGUUUAGCCCCGUUACAACGGUCAUUCUGGAGCUGCAAAAGAACCUCAUUAUAAGCAAGGGCAUCCUGUUCGACAGCCAGUUCUCGUGCACCAUUCUCCGAUCUCCGAAAACCGCAGCGGUUCCGUUUGGGAUCACUCAUACCGGAGCGAAUGAGCCAGUACUGCGGAUAUGGAACACGAGCAACGUGCUUGUAUUGAAGAUCGACUUCAAGCUCAGCGUUCGCACGUCGUCGCCACCCUGCACUACAGUACCCGAAGUAACGUCCAAAGCACAGUGCCCAACAAUUUCUAUUAUCAGAUCUUACGGAAUUCAAGUCGCGAAGGGGAGUGUAUUUGGAAGAAUUGAUCUUCACCGGACCAUGUCGUCGCGAGUAGACUCCAUGCGGGUAACCGGGAUACCCGUCUUCAACCAGUCGCCUGGCGUGAUUCAAGUUACGUACAGUGGACACGGGCCUACGCUCGGCAAAUCCUUCAUCGCUAUAACGAACAACGAAGUUUACGGCGUCCACACACCAAUCGUGAUCCACCGCGGAACCAUCGGCGCGAUCGUGCGAAACAACUAUGUGCACGACUUUCUCUUCGCGGGAAUUCGCUGUGGCUCAGACGUGCACUUCGCCGCGGAUUGCAUGCUCACGCAGAUCGACCGCAACCACGUCGUCGCUGCUGGGCGGAACAGAUCCGGCGAUCAGGACGCAGCUGGCAUCUACUAUUGCGUGCACUGGUUCAGCCCUGACAACACGGCGGAGUGCAAUUACAUCUUCAACGGGGACCACUGCUACUACCUCGACUUUGUCACCUCGGGUGUGACUAUCAAGGGGGGUGCAUGCAUCAACACGUACGAUGGGAUCAAGGUCAACAACGGAAAGUGGAAUUCUAUUGAGAGUGUGAUCAUAAAGAAGGUACCAGGCUCACCAGGGUGGAGCACGUGUUUCACUCCAACAGUGCUCAACUGCGACAAGAACCCCGGCACGUACUGGGAGCUCAUGCGCAAACAGUACUACGACACACCAGUGUUCAGAGAGAAAUACCCUUUCUGGCCUGAUGUUUGCGGGCAGAAGAACAUCAACGGCAAGCCAUGCAACACCAAAGCCAAGGGAACGUUGCCUGCAGAGAAAACAGGGGCGUGCAGCGGCCUUCCCACAGAAAACUACCAAAACCUUGUCUUGGUGGAGACUGAGGGGAGAGAUCUUGGUUACAAGUACUGCGAGAACUUACCUACUGUGGAGGCGGGUCCUCUAAAUGAUCAGAGGAAGGUGAACCUCACCGACAUUCCUGGGGCAAAGUUUAUGGAUUAUGCAAACGACGACCUGGGGGUGAAUACAGGCUCAUCUCUCUUCACCAGCAUCAGUGGCUUUAAGAGCUGCCCAAGGAAAGAUGUGGGGCCCCGGCGAAUCGACGAUGGGUUCUACUAUUUGAAUUUCAACCGCCCGGAGCCGGAUCUGUACAAGCUGGUGGUGAGCAUGGCUACUAAACACGUGCAUGAUCCUGCUAUUGUGAAGCUGAGUAAGAUUCCCAAGAAAGGGAAGAAGUGA